GAGUUCCACUAUGGUAAAGUACUAUGAUUGGUUGACCCUCUGAUUUACCCCCUCCCUAUCUUAACCUCAAAUUUUUACUAUGCAAGAACAAAUAUAGCUCUAAAACAUUAAUUGUCUUUACCGGCUUCAUAACCAUAAGGGAGCACUCAUGCAAUAGCACAAGUACUUUGCAAUUUGGUAAUUACUGAAGUCUAGGAAAAAUGGCACCAACACCUGAGCUUGACUUUUCAAGUUGCACACCUAUAGUGAGUUUGAAGAAUCAACUUAUAUCCAAGUGGAAUCUUAUCUUUUCAAAGUCCAAUAAAAUUGCUUGGAUAUCCUUCAGUCCCCAGAUUGGUUUUCAUGUGUAUCCCUGCUAUGCCUGUAGAGACAUGUUUGUGUCAAAAUGCACCUUCCAAGACCAUGUAAAUAGAAGAGCUAUCUUGAUAAAAUACAAAUGUAGAGAAUGUCACCAGACUCUGAAUUUUUACAAUCGAUGCUCUUUUCUUCUUCAUACUCGCAGCCAUUUUUCUCUGGCAGAGGGAAAAAUUGAUUUAAAUAAUGUAGAAAUUUAUAACCUUCCAUUUGGAAUGAUGGGAUUUUUACCAGAUCCUAGAAUCCAAAUAUUAUAUGAUGAAGAUGAAGAUACCAUUGAUGAAGAUACUUAUAUAAAUGCACAAUUUUAUUUUACAGAUCUCUGUGAAAGAGGCAAACAAAUUAUUACACUACGACCAAAUGAUCUUUUAUUCAAUAGAACAGGAGAACACUCAGGUCAGUUGGCUCUCAAGCAAAUCAGUAGAAAUAUUCCUCGUUGUCAAUUUAUAACGGUGGCUUGUCAGAAAAAUUUGAAAAGAAACAUAUGUAUAAGAAAUUGUAUGAAAGUGAAGAAAGAAGCACCUGAUGGUAUUAAUGACACACAACUUGAUUCAACACCUCAACCCACUGAGCAUAGUAUACAAAUGCCGAUUAUAUCAAAAAUAGAAUCGUUGAAUAAUGACGCAACAUAUCCUGAAUGUCCAGAAUGCAAGAUAAGUUUCAAAUACUCCAUGAAAUAUCAUUUUUCAGGCAAAAAUUCACCAACACUUGAGUGUUCUGCAUGUAAAUAUAUUGCUCCUUCAAAAUGUUCAUACUCUGCACAUCAAAGAAUUCACUCCAGACUUCCUCCUUUCAUUUGCCCUGAAUGUGGUAAAAAAUUUGAGACUAGGCAAUAUUUAAUGAAACAUCUAGAUGAUGUUUGUUUUCAUUUGGCCAAACAAGUAAGAAUAAGAUGUCCUGGAAAGAGAUGUAGCAAGGUAUUUGCUUCCGCAGAAACAUUUUCUGCACAUUUUGCUAACCACUUGCAAAAAUGGUACCAAUGCAACCUAUGUAAAAAAUGUUUCCAAAAUGAUACUGAAUUUUCAGAACAUGCACAGAGUCAUUCAGGUUCUUGCUAUAGGGAAAAAGUAGUCAAAUGUUUGAGUUGUAAAUUUGAUGAUAGCAUUAUUUAUAAAGAUAACAUAAAACAACAUUUAGAUUACCACUCUAAGGAUCGAAGCAAAUAUAUAUAUGUUUUUGUUUGUAAAUUCUGCAGAAGUUUUUUGAGAUCAAAAGCCAAUUAUGCCGCACAUUUACUGAAGUGCCCAAAAAUACCAACAAUAACGAAUCAGGUCAAUUCUUACACCAUUGACCUUUGUUCGCGAUGUCACUCUAGAAUUAUUUAUUAUGAUGAUGAAAAUACUAUUCCCUGUUCAAAAUGUAAAUUCUAUAAUUCCUUACAUCCAAGGCAAAAAGAAAAACCAAAAGAAAAAACCAACAAUCAAUUUAACAAACCAAAUGUCUUUCAAGCAAAAGUGAAAACCUGUUUAUUGUGCAAAAAAGAUUAUUCAACUACUCUAAAAGAUCACAUCUCUGGAUGCAAGUAUGGCUAUCCUCAAGUUGAAUUGAAAAAACUGGAAUAUGAAACCUCUUGUCAACGUGAUCCAGUUAUCCACUAUGAAAAUAAUGGAAGUCACGAACAAAUGCCCAUCCGAGUAGAAAAAGAUACAUCUGAAGAAAGUGAUAUCAAAGAUACAUCAACAGAAAGUGAGAUCAAUUAUAUAUGUAAAGAAGAAACAUAUACCGACAGCUCUACCAAAUCUCCAACAAAAACCUUAACACUUGAAGCAUCAGUAGCUUCAAAGCGCAAAAGGAAGAGAGCACCAUUUGUGUUCCGUACAAAAAAAAUCAAUUUAAGUAGUCCUCCAGAAAAAAUUAUUGAUUUACAAGCCGAAGAAGCAAAACCAUUUGAUGGUACAUAUUACUGCAAAAUGUGUGAUUUCCAAGAAAGUGACCGUGAUAAGUUUCAUCUUCAUGUUAUGAAUCAUAGAUAUAUUUCAACAGAUUAUCAGUGUAUGGAAUGCGGUGAAUGCUUCGUUGUUAAACCUACACUAAUCAAACACCUCAAACACUUCCAUAAAAUUGAAGAUACAGAUUCGUAUUUAGAAAGUAAUAACUGCUAUGAUAAAAAUGCUGUGGAAGAACUGAAAGAAAUAAUGGAACUUUCUCCAGGUGAAUCUAGAGAACCUAUUGAGAAAAAUCAAUGCAGAGUAUGUUUACAGCUAUUUUCUGAUGAUCAGGAACUUAAAAGACAUUUCAGGGUGCAUGGAAUGGCCUUUUUAAUGAGAAAUUCAAGGGAUGCAGUGUGAAUUCAUUUGAAAAUAUGACUCGAAAUACUUUGUGAUUCAUUGGACGUAUUAUGUUCAAAAAGUGGAUGUAUUUAUCAAUCUGAAUAUAUUUAAGUUAUCUAAAUAAAUAUUUAAGUAUC